AUGACCCCUCCAAGAGCCCAACUCGCCCCUGCGAGCGCACCGAGGGGGCCACUAGCAGCGGUUCGGAUGAGUUCUCAGGAGGAAUCCGGCGGCACAGAACUCGGUAGAAGGCUUCUUAUAUUGAACAAAGUGUACGGCUUCCACACCAAUUCGAAGCAACCCCGGCCGAAGGGAAGUGGCACCCGUUCUGGUGGCCCGGUAAUCAGCCCAUGGAUCCGAAAGCUGGACGCUUUAUUGAAAUUUUCGUUGAAGGAUGCCGACGACUCCUUUCUCCUUUUGAGACAAGUUGUGAGGGAACGGGGGAUAUCCAGGGACGAGAAGCCAGGUCCCGAUGUCAGAAUCGAGUUGGAGAGGGCCUACGAGUCCAUAUUGGAUGACAAGCUGGCGGGCUUUCGGGACCGGGAUGAAUCGGUCGUCGACCUGUUCGGAAUUGGCCCCGGCGGUUCUCCCGGGGGGGAACCAAGCGUUUGGCCUUCCGAUGACAGGUAUGAAGCGAAAAGGGUCACCCAGGAUUUAGCGACAUUGAAUCUCGCUUCUAACCGGAACAGGGAGGAUAUCGUCUUCAAGGGGCGAGAGAAGAGUAGAUGUGGGGAGGUGAUCUCCAUGGAAUCAAUGGCCGCAUCCAGAGAGCGAAAGAGCUCGAAGGUGGCGCAGAGUUCGCCGCACCAAGGGCCCAACCAGCGACAGCGACAGCGAAAAGGCCGACCACCGGCGGAGGUGGUCCCGGGGGAGGAACACAGCCCUCCCGAGUGGCCAAGGAGCCGGGAGAGCCAGCGCGGGCUGGAAAAGCCUAAGAAAGUGCAACGGGCUGAGCAGGCUCAGCAUAGGUAUGGGAUGGAGGCGACGGAGAAUAAACAGAAAGCUCUGCGACGGGAGCGGCAGAGGCAUGGAGAAGGAGAAGGAGAGGGAGGGGGUAGGUAUCGUCUGCAUCAGGAGAUACGAGAGGAGGAACGGGAGUGGCUACGGCAGGAGGAGCAGGAAAGGGGCCCUCCAUUACUAAGGGACGGUCUGGGAGACCCGUGCUUGGGGGCACGGGAACGUUCGAGGAGGCGGAGGGGCGGACCGCCGGAAGGGCAGCUGGGUACGGUACAAAACCCAACUUGGCCUGUAGUUUGCGAGGACGAUGGCGCCGAACCGGACUCGGAUGGCACUUUUUACUCGGCGAGUUCGUCAGUGGCCGGAUCCAAGGGGAAGGACAAAGUUGUGCCCUCCGAACUCGAGGAUGACCACGGGGUAUCUGGUUUUCAAGUCUUUAGCUUAAAGGGCCAUGAAAAGCGCCCGAUAUUGCUCGACCAGGGGCGAAGGAAGGAAAUACGUGCACCUGUCAAACCAACGCGUAGAAGUGGUUAUUCGAAUGCUUCCGGCGGUUAUAGUGAACCUUUCCGGCGCUCACUCGACAGCUCGUCGCUAAGCUCGUUUGGGUCGAGCAUUUUCACGAGAUCCAUGACUGCAGAGGGCUUCCCUUCCUCGAGAGACGGAACUUUCCGGUCGGAAAUUACCGACUACGAUAGCUUCCACGGCGGCAAGGGUGAUUCAAGCCCAUACCAUAGUGAUACCGAUCGGUAUGACUCACCGGGCCAGGUAACUGAUAACCCGACGGAAGACGAUCGGACGGAUAUUGAUGAACCUGAGGAAUACCAACCUCACUAUCCGCAGGAGGAGGUUACACGAAGGCUCCAGGCGCAACCACCGCGCAGGAAGCAGAAGUCGGCUUCGCGCCGACAGGCGGAACGCUUUCGGCACACGCCCCUCUCACCCAUCCCACAAUCUGCCGUGGCUUCGGAACCCAGCGAGCGAGGGGAGCGGGAAAGGGUCGGGUCGGUGGGGUUCUCUGGCGAGAAACCAUUGGGGCCGGAAUUGCUACAGGCUGCGGAGGAGAUUGGGGACAUUCAUUGGGAUUUCGUGGCACAGCAGGAGGCAGAGCAAUCUCCCGAUGGAAUGAGUGAUAGAGGCGGUAACUGGAGGAGGGCAUCUCCCCAGGUGGUUCCCGAUGCCUCGCAACGACCCUGUCCGGGUCCGGGUGAGCAGGGCCAUCCGGAGGAUAAAGUUGGCAAAGGGGGUGGGGAAGGUGUAGAUGACGAGGGGGGCUCCGAAUACGGGGCGGAUGCUGCUUUUGAGGCAGGGUUGUUGGGUAAGUUUUCCCCCCGUGGUCGGCCUUCCGCGUUUAUCAUACAUUGUCACUCGGCGAAUUUCCUCAUGCUUACUAAUCCGUGGAGGUCUGGUUCUACCUGAACCGGAAGAGGCUAUGAACGGCGGGCGGCAAAACGAACCAGUAAAGGAUAUCGAGCACCCUUUACAUACACUGCCAUUCCAAGUCCAAUACGAGGCGACUCGAGUCGCGUUGAGCAAUGGCGUAUCUGCCUCAAACAGUGACAUCUCCGACAGCGUGCAUAACUGCUGCGAUGAUUUGUUCGCGGCAAAUACUUACGCCGAAGUAUUGGGGAUCAUGAAGCGGCACUGUCCCGGGGUCGCCAUGUUGGAGAAGAGCGCAGAAUCGACUUGGAGGGGGUACAAGGGACGAACGGGCUGGACGGACAGACUGUACAUGACGGGCAGGGUGUCUUUAAAGGAUCCGAGGGCGCGAAAACUUGAGGAUAUCGAUUUCGAUAUCCGAUUGAACCCUCUGAGUAAAUCCAAAGGCAAUCGGUUCUUCAAUCGGUUCGGGUCGGAUAGGUUCUUAACCCUGCGCUUGCCGGAUAUGACUGGCCGUGGACAGAACGGCUCAACCCCCGGAAGUAUGGUGGCACAGAGGGUUGAAGAUUGGCUGGUCAAUAGGGAGGUCGAGCUGGCCAAUCGAAAAUGGAGGUGUUUCUACGCGAAGGAGGGAAAGUCGCGAAAGAGAUCCCUAGAAGACGAAAAGACUUUCGUAAGUGAAACAUUUAUCCAGGUGAUCAUGUUCGCAACUUCAGGCGUGGGCAUAGGGGAUGAUAAGGAUGAGAUGGUGAGGCUGGGGUUCCGCAGCCUGGACAGGAAAAUCAGACAGGAGAUGAGCGUGGAGGACCUGCUAAGGUGGCAUAUCCCUGUGGAGGGAAAUGAACAUGUCACCAUCUCCAAGUUCUGGUCGAGGAUAAGUUUGGGUAAGUGUUGCGGUUCCCGCUGCUGAUGCUUGAUGGUGCUAACGUAUGAAAGGGUUCUCGACGACGGUGCCCUCCUUCACAUUCGAGCCCUCCCAAGUCGAGGUAGUGCCGGAUAUGAAGUCCGCAAAGGGUGAGAUAAUGAACGACGGGUGCUCCGUCGUGUCGCCAAAGGUUAUGCAAGAGAUACGCAAAAUCCUUGAUCUGGACGAGACUCCCACGGCAGUCCAAGCGCGUCUAGGUGGAGCGAAAGGAGUUUGGAUGGUAGAUACCAGCAUUGACUGGAGCUCGGAUGAAAUUUCCAUCCAAGUAACCGAGUCCCAGUUAAAGUACAAGGGCGACGCCGAUGACCAAGAUUGGGCCAGGAUGACACUGGAUAUACUGCACAUCUCCCACGAACCUAGGCCUACCACAAUCAACAUUCAGUUGAUUCCCAUCCUGGAGAAUCGUGGUGUGCCCUUCCAGGCGCUGAAGGAGUUGGCGGAGGAGCAUUUGGAAGAGGACUUGGACGAGCUGUUCAAGGUGAUCGAUAAGCCUGUUGAGCUGAGGAAAUGGAUCUACGACCGGGGGGGCGUAGGGGCUGGGAGGAUAUCAUAUAAGGGUAUCCAGGCUACUGGAUCCAUGCCUUCUACAAAGCAUGAGAUGGCCAUUUUGCUACUCGAGGUAUGUACUUUGAGAUAUGUAACGCCGAGAUUUCUGAUUCGGGCUGACGUGUUGCAGAGCGGCUUCCUCGUCCGUUCUUGCAGGGUGCUUAUGGACCAUGUUAGGGGAAUGAUUGAUCAGUAUUGCGAGGACUUGAAAGAGAAAUUGCACAUCAGAAUCCCUCAUUCUACGACCCUCCUAUGUGUCGCUGAUCCCACUGGAACCCUGAGGGAGGGAGAAGUCUCACUGAGGUUUUCCGCUGGCUUUCUGGAUCCUAAGACGCUGAGGCGGAACCAGGUGAUUACCGGUGAUAUUCUGGUAGCGCGCAACCCUGCGCACAUCCCCUCGGACAUCCAGAAGGUAUGGGUCAUGAUAUUCUCACUCGGUUUUUACGCAGUGUGUGUGUGUUAAUGAAGUCAGGUGAAAGCGGUGGAUAUUCAAUCUUACCAUUCUCUGGCCCUUCGGGAGCUGCAGGAUGUGAUCGUCUUCUCCACCCAGGGAGAUCAAAGCCUGGCGUCGCUUUUGUCGGGAGGUGAUUACGAUGGCGAUAAGGUUUGUGUCAUCCUGCGUUCUCUCGCACGGGUAUGUUCUUAAUUAACGUGGCGGCCAAAACAGCCUUGGGUGUGCUGGGAAGAGCGCCUGGUGAAACCAUUCACCAACAGUCCCAUGAGUUACGAUGAGGUUGAUGCCAUGGUGGCACCUUGGUUUGAGAAAUCGCCAGAGAAGGUCGCCGGGCUAAACCCCGGCCAACCUGGCUUCUUUGGGCGGUUCCUACGGAUAGGCCUUCAAAGCUCAUUUCGAGACAGUUUCCUCGGGCAGUGCACCUCGAUUUGGGAAAGACGCUGCUAUGAGACGAACGAUAUCGCCGACUCUGAAGCGCUCAAGUUGGCAAAACUGUGUUCACUGCUCGUCGACGCGCCGAAGCAGGGCAUGAGCCUUAAGCCCAAAAAGAUCGAGGAAAUAAGGAGAAAGUUUGCUGGGGCGCCCAUACCAGCCUACAAGGAAAAGGGUUCGAGAGUUCGCGUGGGAGCUACCCACAUAGUCGACCGCCUGCUCCUGGUCGCCGACACAAAAGUCAACGAGAAGCAGCAGGCGUUUCAUGAUGACAUCGGCAAAUCUGAGGGCCGGCGCGACGGUGACAUCGUGGAACUGUUUGUACGGGAGCACGAGUUGGCAGAAAAGGACGAGACGAGUGCUUUGUGGAUUACGCUGCGGCACUUGACGAAGCAGUUGACGCUUCUGAAGCAGGACUGGACAGACUGGGUUCUGAACAAGCGCAGUGGGCCGGACGAAUUCAAGGCUGGGGUGCCCAACUUUCUCCAGCGCUAUCGGGGCAUCAUGCCCCCUGCCGAGCAGGCCUGGGAUCCUGUUGUCGCAAGGUGGAUCAAGGAGGGCGGUGCAAGCUUUACGCCCUGGUCUAUACUAAGGGCUUCAGCGGCCUACUGGUGUUGGGCUGGGGAUAGGGCCUUGGUCUGGUACAUGGCUGGCAAUGAGAUCUGCUGGAUCAAGUGCCAGAAGGUCUCCAUGAGGGAUUCUGAGUUGGGACCGAGGACAAUGCUUGAUGAGAUGUAUGCCCCGUUGAUUACCUCAAGGAAGUUUAUCAGUGCGAUGAGGGAGGGGGCUGACGGGGAUGUCGAUGAGGUGGAUAUGGAGGAUGGGGAGGGCAUCUGA